UGCUGGGCCAGCAGCUCCGGGCCAGGCUGGAGCAUUCUUCCAAGGUAAUGAUUAAGCUGUGCACCUGACCAGCCAGGCUCACACCUCCUAGGCUGUGGUGGCCAGGACUGGCUGGGAAGGCAGAUCCCCUCUCUGGGACCCACCAGCAGCCUCAGCUCCUGUCUGCCUGCACAUAUGGUCUUCCCAAGCAUCCCUGGACUGUAGCCUGUGCUGCCUGCCCUCUGGACUCACUGCACCUCCACCAUGAAGCUCUGGAUGUUCUGGACUGGGCUAGAGUACACCUGCCGGAUCCUGGGCAUCACCACUGCAUCAGUGUUGAUUGGCGUGGGCACCGAGACCCUCCUCCAGGGGCAGUUCAAAAGCCUGGCCUUCUAUCUGCUGUUUAUAGGUACUGCCGUGGCCAUGUGUGAAGGGGCCUACUUUGUGGUGCAGCUGCUGGCCAUCUGCUUUAAGUGCCAGCAGGGGUCCCUGGCCCACUCUGCCAGGGAGAAGGCCCUCUGGCUGGGCUGCUUCCAGAAGUUCCUGGCCUACAUGCUGCUGUCAGUGGCCUGCUUCCUCCACCCUGUGCUGGUGUGGCAUGUGACCAUCCCAGGCUCCAUGCUCAUUGUCACCGGCCUUGCCUACUUCCUGCUGAGCAAGCGCAAGAAGACCAAGGCCAGGGCUUCUGGGCCAGCUGCCCCUGAGCAGUACACAGACCCCUCGGGCAGUGCUGUGAGUACCACAGGCUCCGGGGACAUGGAGAAGACCUACACCUUCCAUGGGGCCCUCACGGGGACGUCUGGCUCCCUCUUCACCCACAUGAAGAGCCUCCUGUGGGGAACCCGGGGAACUGGCAGCCUGCUGCACCCUGACACCAUGACCGAGCUGCCGCUGCAGGCUGCAGAUGGCCUGGCCAAGAAGAAGCAGGUGCACUUCCAGGACGACGCAGUCAGGAUCAUCCCAUCCCUCGCCGAGGCCCUGGAUGAUGGGGACAGUGAGCCAGAGACCACCUCCGACACUGCACCCAUCAUCCCAGUCUCCCAGGCCCCGCGCCUGCUGUCCUCACUCGAGGCUCCCAACCUGUACUGAGCAGCACGGUGAGGGAAACUCACAGUCCAUGGCCAGUGCUUCCUGUCAUGCACAGAGGACGGAGUCUUCAUGGUCAGGUCUUCCAGGGUGACCAGACACCCCGUGGUGGCCAGACCUUGGAGCCAUUGGGGCCAUUGGGGGUGUGGUGGCCAGGAAGUCACCAGUUAGCACAGGGUCCUCCUUCUCCACCAUGGAUGGGAAAAUCCUUGCUGUGUCCACACUGGCUGCAGGGUCACUGUGUCUGCUCCAAUGAGACAGGGGAUGUUGUCCUGACAGACUCCACCAGGCUACCCCUGCUCCCAACCUGGAGCCUCUGCUGUGACCCCAGCUCUGAAAGCUGAAAGGGACAAAGUGGCCUCCAGAACAGAUGUGGGGGUCAAAGGCAGGUGUAGGUGUAGAAGGCAGCCAUGGGUCCCAACCAAGAUGGUUUCAGUGGGGACAGAAGCUACAGACUCCAGGGCCAGAGCAGCUGCCAGGAGCCUCAUUUUGAAUCACAGAGCCACCAGGGGCCACUGCCACCCUGGACAUUGCUCACUCAAGAAGCACGGCUAAAGUCUUCCCAGCUCUGGACCUCCCAAGAGCCCAAGUGGAUGAGAGUCCGUCAUGGCCUGCAGGGCUGCUGUGUGCCUGCAGGACCUGGGGUGGAGCCCAGGCAGCCACAGCAGAAGUAGCCUUUCCAUGUGGGUGCCAAGAGGUGGACAGGUGUAUACACAGGGCUGUUCUCAGUGAGAGGGAAGAAGGCAGAGAGGGAAGAAGAGGACAGGAUGGUGGUGGGUGGGCCAGGUCUGUGCUUUGGGCUGGGGAGGGGAAGCGAAGCUGAAGGAAGAAAGGAGUCAGAACCAGAUAUUUCUUAGUAAAGGACUUGCAGUGUCCACUUCUGAGAGAUGCAUUUGUCCUUGAGGCCCCUGCAGGAAAAGCAGCCUGCUCCUCUCGGGCAGCCAGAAGUGGCUGUGGGAAGGGCUUGGCGAGCCUCGGAUCACCGGCUUCGAAGUCUGCAGGCUCUCUUCAGGCCCUGUCUGUGCCAUAGGCUUUUCAGUGCCCCUACGUGUUGCCUUUCUUGUAAAGAUAUAAAAAUGAGGCCCCAUGGAAGCUGACAGUGUCCAUCACUUGGGUCCCCCUGCAGUCACCCACCUUCCUCUCACAUCCAAGGGCCAGGGGCUGAUGGAUGCAUCCCCAGCAGCCCUUGGUGGGAGGACAGCAGGGUCUGAUGGUGUGCAGUUGCAGUCGGGAGAACAGAUGGUAUAGGAAAUGGGUCAGGCAGGCGGGGUCUCGCCCAUCACACAUGGAUCCCUCGCAUCUGAACACCAUCACCACACCCCUGUGACACAGGAGUGGUAGGCCCUUGAGUGACAUGGCAGCCCCAUCUCUGGGUGACUAAGAACAAAUCUGAAGGUGUGAGCUCAGAGAUGUGUCAUAAACAUGUCAGAGGGAGGCUUGCAUUGGCAGCUCCAGGUGACAUCUAGGUUUCAUGGGAACUGUCACCGGUUAAUGGGAGUCUGCUCUGGGUGCAGCAUUAGAUAGCAAUGGUGAUGGCAGCUAGGUUAGCAAAGUGAAGCUCUCAGUCUUCUCUCAAAAAAGAAAAAAAUCAUAAACAGACCAGGAUCCUCACUGGGUCACUGGGCCAGAUGAGAAAUAACCUCUCUUCAUGAACAGGGGAGCACACCCAGCUCCACCGGGCCCUUGUCUAAGCACUCACAUCCAAGCCUCAUCCCCUGGUCUCCGCACAGCAGUUGUGGAAAUUACCUCAGCCCUGCAGAGAAACAGUGACCCUACAGUGACUAUAGUCCUCUCUCAGCACAAACCAGAGCUGAGGCUUUGUGGAGUGGGACAGAGUGGCUGGCAGGACAAAGCAUACUGGGCUGGGCCACUUAUCUGCCACUGGCAUAGCCCCAUCUGCCACUAACACAUGUUCCUGGCCUUUUUCAGUUGCUGCUGUUUACACAGGAGAACCUGGACCUGGGGUGUUAGGGCUGGGCAAGGGCUAUAAAUCUACAGAUCCUGGUCACAGGGAGGGCACUACAUCCAGGGCAUCAUCCUGGGGAGGGUCCUGUUGCCAGCCCAGUGAUACAGAGCCACGGGGAACCCAAAUCCUGAGGAUCCAGGCCCUGGAGUCCUCUUAGCCUGACCUUAUUUUUGUGUUUAUUGUUUGGUUGGUUGGUUUAAAUUUUCUUAAGCGUCUUUAUUGAAAUACAAUUCAAAUAUAUCAUAAAAUCCACCUGUUUAAAGGAUAUAGUUAAAUGAUUUUUAAUAUAUUUAUAAUCUAAGUUCACCACAAUCAUUAUCAUUAAAAUUCAGAUUUUCAUCUCCAGAAAAAGAAACCCAUGGCAGUACCUAUUAACUGUUCCUCACUGUUUGUCUCCUGCCCUAUGCGGCCACUGAUAUCUAUUUUUUAUAAAUAAUGCCUUUUCUGGGCAUUUGCUAUAAAUGGAACCAUGCAAUAACAUGUAAUAUGAUCCUUUUUUUAGUAACAUCUGUCUCUUUAUUGUUAUUCUCUAUUAGUAAGUUGUUCUCAUGCUUUAAUUCCUUUAGUUGUGUGGACACAUUCACAACAGUCACCUGGAGUUGUUGACCUACACCUGGGCCCCCUCAGAAGCUGGGUUUCUUGGCUGUUUUUCCACUGAAUGUCAUGAUUUGUUUCUUUUCAUAUCUCAAAAAUUUGUUCUUAACAACAGACCUGGAUAUUUGGGAUAAAUAUGUGGUGACUCUGGA